AUGGCAACCAUAGGAUUUGUGCCUCCACAAAACCUCUCCAGCGUGCUUUCACGAUCCACACCUCCUCCCGAGUAUGUUGUUGUUAAGAGACCAGAUUUAAUAGCAGGAAUUCCCGACGGAGUGCUUGCUUUGGUAUCUCCAAUAAUAGCAUACUGGACUUAUGCGACGUUUUUCCAUAUCAUCGACGUUUACCAGCUCGCAGAAAAAUACAGAAUACACCCCAGUGCUGAGGAGGAGUCGCGAAAUAAGGUGACGCUUCCGGAGGUGUUGCGGGAUGUGAUUUUGCAGCAUAUAGUUCAAACCAUUGUUGGGUGGACGGUGUACAAAUUCGACCCUGUUCCUACCACUGGAUUUGAAAUCUACGAGAUGUGGUCAUUGAGACAAAAGUAUGUUCCUGCGUUUGUGUCCGAUACUGUGCUUUGGUGGGCUUACACUUAUGGAUUUUCGCUCAUUCGCAUAGUGCUUGCAUUCUGCUUUAUUGAUACUUGGCAGUAUACUUUGCACCGUAUCAUGCAUGUGAACAAAUGGCUUUACCGCCGGUUCCAUUCUCGCCAUCACAGACUUUACGUUCCCUAUGCUUAUGGAGCACUUUAUAAUGAUCCUGUUGAAGGUUUCUUGUUGGACACGGCCGGCGCAGGAUUGGCAUCAAUCGUGUUCAACUUGACCCCACGCGAAAACAUUUGCUUGUACACAUUUGCAACCAUGAAAACCGUAGAUGAUCAUUGUGGUUACAGGCUUCCAUUUGACUUUUUCCAGUGGGCAUUUCCUAACAAUUCAAUCUACCAUGAUAUUCACCACCAAAUUUGGGGUAUCAAAUCUAAUUUCUCGCAACCUUUUUUUACGUUUUGGGACCGGUUAUUUGGCACUCGCUACGAAUUUGUUAACGAGUAUAAAACCAUGCAAGACCAUAUUACAUUGACCAAAUACCGUGAAUUCUUGCAAGCCAAAGAAGCCAAGAAGAGAGCGGCAAGACAAAAGAAGGAGAACUAA